AUGUCUCAGGCCCCGGGUGGCAAAAAGGGCGGGAAGGGGCCCCCAAAAAAGGUCCCGGAGGAGGAUAAGACAGCGUCGAAAGCUGAGGAGAAAGAUGAGACGUCUUCCAACAAUGGAGAUAAAAAGGAGGUUAAGGAAGGAAACGGGAUGGGGGACGUGCCAAAGCCUCCGAGCGCUGGGAUCAACAUGCGGGAGGUUGCUGCGAAGAUUCUGGUGCUGGCUCAGAAGUCUGAAUGGCCGGCCGUGGAGCAAACUCUUAAAGCGUUGGAGAAGCUGGUGGCAGCGGGCGGGGAAGACACUGUAUCUGUUCCCAUGGCCGGCAUCAUUGAUCCGACGACUGGCAUGACACCUCUCAUGUAUGCUGUCAAGGACAACAGAACCUCCUUCGUGGAAAGGCUUAUAGAGCUGGGAUCAGAUGUCGGAGCGAGAAAUAAUGACAACUACAAUGUUCUUCACAUAUCAGCGAUGUACUCCAGAGAGGAUAUUGUCAAACUUUUACUCUCAAAGAGAGGUGUCGAUCCAUUUGCCACUGGAGGCAGUCGCCAACAAACAGCAGUGCAUUUAGUAGCAAGUAGACAAACUGGAACCGCUACAAGUAUUCUACGUGCUCUUUUAACAGCGGCUGGGAAAGACAUCCGACUAAAAACUGAUGGAAGGGGAAAAAUCCCGCUACUGCUGGCCGUAGAGGCUGGCAACCAAAGCAUGGUGAGAGAGCUACUCAGUGCGCAGACGGCCGAGCAACUCAAGUCAUCAACACCGGCUGGUGACACGGCGCUGCAUCUCUCCGCCCGCAGAAGGGAUGUGGACAUGUCACGUAUCCUCGUUGACUAUGGAGCAGCAGUCGAUGCAGUCAAUGGAGCUGGUCAAACAGCACUACACAUAGCAGCGGCAGAAGGAGACGAGCCUUUAGUAAAAUAUUUCUAUGGUGUUAGGGCUAAUGCAGCCAUUGCAGACAACGAGGAUCGGACGCCGAUGCAUUUGGCGGCUGAAAAUGGUCACGCAGCUAUCAUCGAGCUUCUUGCGGACAAGUUUAAAGCCUCUAUCUUCGAACGUACUAAAGACGGCAGUACUUUAAUGCACAUCGCCUCAUUAAAUGGACACGCGGACUGCGCCAUGAUGCUAUUCAAAAAAGGAGUGUAUUUACAUAUGCCCAAUAAGGACGGUGCAAGAAGUAUACACACUGCCGCUCGAUAUGGUCAUGUGGGCAUCAUUAACACGUUACUGCAGAAAGGCGAGAGUGUAGACGUUACCACAAAUGAUAAUUACACAGCACUUCAUAUAGCGGUGGAGUCAUGCAAGCCGGCGGUGGUAGAAACUUUAUUAGGUUAUGGUGCUGACGUACAUAUUCGAGGUGGCAAACAAAGAGAAACUCCACUACAUAUCGCUGCUCGGAUACCCGAUGGCGAUAAAUGUGCGUUGAUGCUGCUUAAAUCAGGCGCAGGCCCAAAUAAGGCCACAGAAGACGGUAUGACACCGGUACAUGUUGCUGCAAAAUAUGGAAAUCUAGCUACACUAAUACUUUUGUUGGAGGAUGGAGGAGAUCCACUUAGAAAAACAAAGAGCGGUGAGACUCCACUGCAUAUGGCAUGCCGAAGUUGUAAGCCAGACGUAGUACGGCACUUACUAGAAUUUGUAAAAUCUCAUAAGGGAGAAAAAGUAUCAUCAACAUACAUUGACGCUGUUGACGAGGAUGGAGCAAGCGCAUUACAUUUUGCGGGCCAGAUUACUAAAGAGGAGGUUGUAAAACCAUCAGCUGAUAAAGAGGUUGUCAAAUGCUUAAUGGAAUAUGGCGCUGACGUUUCCUUACAUACAAGGCAAAAUCACGAAACUGCCUUUCAUUUCUGUGCGAUUGCUGGUAACAACGAUGUUUUGACAGAAAUGAUCACCGAUAUGUCUGCUACAGAUGUUAGUCGAGCUCUAAACAAGCAAAAUUCGAUUGGCUGGACACCGUUACUUAUUGCGUGUCAUCGAGGUCAUAUGGAACUAGUAAAUACUUUACUUUCAAACCAUGCCAGAGUGGAUGUUUUCGAUGUAGAGGGAAGAUCCGCCUUACAUCUAGCCGCUGAACGAGGCUUUCUUCAAGUUUGUGAUGCUUUGUUAACAAACAAGGCAUUUAUUAAUUCAAAAGCGAGAAAUGGACGAACAGCACUUCACUUGGCAGCCAUGAAUGGAUAUGCACAUUUAGUGAAAUUUUUAAUAAGAGAUCACAAUGCUAUGAUAGAUGUUCUCACUCUUAAAAAACAAACGCCUUUGCAUUUAGCAGCAGCCUUCGGACAAAUUGAAGUCUGUAAAUUAUUACUAGAACUUGGUGCCAAUAUUGAUGCUACAGAUGAGUUAGGUCAGAAACCGAUUCAUGCCGCGGCACAAAAUAAUUUCUCUGAAGUAGUGCAGUUAUUUCUUCAACAACAUCCUAACUUAGUUAUGGCAACUACAAAAGAUGGAAAUACUUGUGCACAUAUAGCAGCCAUUCAGGGAUCAGUGAAAGUGAUAGAAGAAUUAAUGAAAUUUGAUAGGACUGGAGUCAUAUCAGCACGAAAUAAGCUUAAUGAGUCAACACCUUUGCAAUUAGCAGCAGAAGGAGGCCAUGCGGACGUUGUUAGAGUUCUAGUUAGGGCUGGUGCUUCAUGUACAGAAGAAAAUAAAGCCGGUCUAACUGCUGUACAUUUAGCAGCCGAACACGGCCACACUAAUGUAUUAGAUGUAAUGCGUUCAACUAAUACUUUAAGGAUAUCCAGUAAAAAACUAGGCUUAACUCCUUUGCAUAUUGCAGCAUACUAUGGUCAAGCAGAAACUGUUCGUGAACUUUUAUCACAUGUGCCUGGCACUGUAAAGUCUGAUGCGCCUACGGGAGUAUCUUUGGUGCCGAUAUUGGGCGCUGAAUCUGGCCUUACCCCAUUACAUCUUGCUGCAUAUAAUGGCAAUGAAAAUGUCGUUCGCCUGCUGCUUAACUCUGCUGGAGUACAAGUUGACGCAGCUACAAAUGAAAAUGGAUAUAAUCCUUUACAUUUAGCAUGCUUUGGAGGUCAUAUGUCUAUAGUGGGAUUACUAUUAAGUCGAUCUGCGGAAUUGCUUCAAAGUACAGAUAGGCACGGCAAAACCGGAUUACAUAUAGCUUCCACUCAUGGUCACUACCAAAUGGUGGAAGUAUUACUUGGACAAGGGGCUGAAAUUAAUGCUACGGACAAAAAUGGCUGGACGCCUUUACACUGUGCGGCGAAAGCAGGACAUUUAAAUGUUGUAAAAUUAUUAUGUGAAUCAGGAGCGUCCCCAAAAAGUGAAACAAAUUUAAACUACGCCCCGAUAUGGUUCGCGGCGUCUGAAAAUCACAACGACGUUCUCGAGUACCUUUUACAUAAAGAACAUGACACGCAGUCUUUGAUGGACGAUAAAAGAUUUAUUUACAAUUUAAUGGUGUGUUCCAAAAAUCACAACAACAUUCCAAUUGAAGAAUUCGUAUUAGUUUCUCCGGCACCGGUGGAUACAGCGGCGAAAUUAUCAAACUUAUAUGUGAAUUUAUCAACAAAGGAAAAGGAGCGCGCUAAAGAUCUAAUAGCAGCAGGAAAACAAUGUGAAAAUAUGGCUACGGAGCUGUUGGCUUUAGCAGCAGGUGCCGACUCAGCAGGACAUAUACUCACCGCUACAGAUAACCGAAAUAUAGAAUUUUUGGACGUCUUAAUAGAAAAUGAACAGAAAGAGGUGAUCGCACACACAGUCGUUCAGAGAUAUCUUCAGGAACUCUGGCGAGGGAGCCUCAAGUGGACUGGCAUCAAAAUUAUGUUCCUUUUUUUCGCAUUUAUAAUUUGCCCUCCAGUAUGGAUGGUGUUCUCCCUUCCAUUAGGACAUAAAUAUAAUAAAAUUCCUAUAAUUAAGUUUAUGUCGGAUAGUUUGGUACCAAGAUGGUAUGAAUGGAUGCUUUUAGUAUGUUUAAGUGGUCUACUUCUUUUUGAAUUAACGAAUCCAAGUGAUAAGUCUGGGUUAGCAUGUGUGCAGAUUUUGGACUUUUUAUCUUUCCAUCAUUUGUUUGGUCCAUGGGCUAUUAUUAUUGGGGACCUUAUGAAAGAUUUAGGAAGGUUUUUAGCUGUGUUAGCAAUAUUUGUCUUCGGAUUCUCAAUGCACAUCGUGGCUCUAAAUCAGCCGUUUAGAAACUUAUACAAACCCGAAGAUAAUAAAUAUGCAAGACAAGCUAGAAGAAGGCUGUUCUCCGACGAGAACCUUCGAACAAAAAGACAAAUAGUCGAUACUCAGUGGCUAAGUACAUAUUCACAAAACGUAGAGUCCUACCGACGAAAACAGGGACAAAGUGGUCCAAUGUUGUCACCGAUCGAGGCGUUCGAGAAAAUGUUCUUCGCCCUUUUCGGCCAGAUUACUAUAUCAGACCUCAACUACGUAUCCAGAUUAAGGCCUCUGUGGACGCAGAACCUGUUCAAGUUUGUCUUCGGCGGCUACUUAUUGAUGACCGUGGUGGUCCUCGUUACGCUCCUAAUUGCGAUGAUGUCGGAUACUUACCAGCGCAUCCAGCUGCUCUUCUUCGCGGUAUUCGGUCAGACUACGACUGAACAGACGAGGGUACAUCGUAACGACAGCAAUGUUCAGCCUGCUUGGACGAAUUACUUGUUCAAAAUCGUGUUCGGUAUCUACAUGCUGGUCUCUGUGGUCGUCUUGAUCAAUCUACUUAUUGCUAUGAUGUCAGACACCUACCAGAGGAUUCAGGCACAAUCAGAUAUAGAGUGGAAGUAUGGACUGUCUAAGCUAAUCAGGAACAUGCAUCGAACAAACACAGCUCCGUCCCCUCUAAAUCUUGUUACGACUUGGCUUAUGUGGCUCAUCCAUAGAUGCAAGGAUCGCAUAACAAAGAAGAAACGUCCAAGUCUGGUGCACAUGAUUGGUCUGCAGCGUCAAGAACAGAUGAGCGCUCGUUCUAAAGCUGGGUCCAAGUGGUUGUCUAAAGUUAAACGAGGCCAGGUUGUUCCUAAAGAUUCGACGCGCCUGUCCGUGGUUCAUCUAAGUCCUAUGGGAUCACAGCUAAGCUUCAGCAAUAUGACGAGGAUAGAGAACGUAGUUGAUUGGGAGAUUAUAGCUAAAAAAUACAGAGCACUUACCAGGGAUGAACCAGAAGAACCGGUCAACAAAGACAGCGACACGGAUACUGUUGAUGAUGAAUCAGAACUAAUACCAAAUAAUAUCGCAGCACCGCCUUGA